CCAUAGAGAAUGUAAACACAACGAUGGAGAGCAUUCACCCAUGGGAGAGGUUCAUAGAGUUUUAUUUUGAGAUUGGCCUCAAAUACAACGACAUUAAAUCAGUGCUUGCCCGUAAACACGGUUUUCUGAAGCGACUACUUAAAGCAAGAGGACAUUCUCGUCGAAAAACGUACUGUGACUUGGCGGUCCUUAUUGAAUUUAUUAGCAACCAAAUGCAAUAUUCUGGACAGCUUCACGGUUACCGGUGGAUGUUUGCAAAAUUCAGAGAACAUGGACUACGAGUAAGGAAAGAGGAUGUGCGCUUGGUGUUGAAGGAGCUGGAUCCUAGAGGAGUGUCGUUAAGGCAGGCAAGACGUCUCAGACGACGGAGCUACUUCUCAAAAGGGCCAAAUUUCAUUUGGCACAUGGACUCUUAUGAUAAACUGAAGCCAUAUGGCAUUUGUGUCAAUGAAAGUAUUGAUGGUUUUUCGAGGAAAAUAAUGUGGCUUAAUGUCUACACAACAAGUAGUGACCCAAAGUUGAUCGGAGGUUAUUACGUAGACGUAGUGCAGCGUUUGGGGGGCUGCCCUCGAAUUGUGAGAGGGGAUCUUGGAACCGAAAAUGGCCAUGUAAAAGGUUUUCAGCGUUUCCUCCUCCCCACUCCCACAGACAGCACCCUUGACAGUUACUUGGAUGGAGCCAGCAGCGCCAAUCAAAGAAUAAUUGAAUAUUGGUGGGGUUUUCUUCGCAGCCAGUGCGUGGAGUUCUGGUUAUCCUUGUUCGCCGACCUCAGAGACAACGGGUUUUUUGAUGGUGGAUUUCUGGACAAAAGCAUCCUUCAGUUUUGUUGCAUGGGACUCAUCCAGGAUGAGUUGGAUGACACUGCACAGGUUUGGAACGCACACACCAUCAGGCCCUCGAAGAACAUAAAUGUCCCCAGCAGUCGACCUAAUGUGAUGUAUGCCUUGCCUGAACUUUACGGGACAAGAGACUUCCUUUCCCCAGUUGAAAAUGAAGACGUUCAACUGUGCAAAAGCCAAUGUGUCUUUCGCCAGACCAUACCAUUCGAUCUGGAUGUAUAUGAACUGUGCAAUAUUUUUAUGGCCGAGUCCCAUCUGAAUCUACCAACAGAUCCAUAUGAGGCCAUCAGUGCAUCUCUGUUAAAGUAUUGAUUAAUCGAGCUGUUGGUAUAGUGUAUAUAGUAUUUUAAUAUUUUCCUUGCUAUCAUUAACCAUGCUAUAUUUUUAUGUUCUAUCGUUUUACAUUUUUUAACUUUUUUCUAGAAACGUAUGUUUGGCUUGAUGUAUGGGUCAAAAUACAACACUAUUGGUCCUCAGCCGGUGUUGUAGAGAUAAAGCAAAUCAAAUCAGUGUAAAAUUCAUGAUAUUGUACAAAAAAGGCAAUUUAUCAACUUAUUGAAGGGAAAUUAAUGUCACAAUUUUCAAAACUAUGAAUUUGUAACCGUUACAAUUAAAAUGUUUCCAGUCUGUAAAUGUGAAUUUUUUUUCUCAGUGUUUUAUGAUAGGUGAACAUAUUUGGCUUUUGAACUGCUGGUCAGGAAAAGCACUAUUGCUGUUAAGAAUAAACAUGCUGUCUUACUGAAUACAUCUGAAACUGGCCUAGAAAUAAACUGAAGUCACAUAACAUACUAUUGGAUGUUCAAUGACAUUUCUGCAGAUGUCAGCUCUGCUGAGAUUCUAUGAACCUACCUGUUAAAUAACUCAAAAAAUACUUGUUAUUAUCACUCCUCACUUCUCUCAGCGUGCGGUGGUAUGUGUUUAAGUGGGACACAAUAAUUGUCUCUGUGAUAAUUAACAGGACUUUUAUUACUUCUAGAAUCAAGUAGUACAAGCAUCAAGUGACAUCUAGUUGACAGAAAUACACAAUCAAGAUAAUCUGCAUGAACAACCUGUGCUGUGAAAUGUCAGAGGGGUAGAAAACAGAAUGAGCACUUGAUAUUUUUGUUAACAGUGUUAAUAUUUUUAUUACUAAAUUAUCCUGUAUUUUUUCCCAGCAUGAAAUCCUGUCUUGCAACCAUGAAUAAAACAAAAAUGU